CUCCAACCACUACUAGAGAUAUGCUCAUUUAAGACACACAUUUUAAGAUGGAUAUCAGUGCAUUUUAUAGAAGCGUCGUUUAUCAUAUGGUGAUAAGUAAGAUAAGACGGUUCGUUUGAGAUAUGUCUUUAAUAAAGAAGUAUUUUGAGACAGUUAUAUCGUAAGAAAUGUCUUAUAUUGAUUUAAGACAGAUUGUUAUUGAAAAACGUCUUAAAUAAAUAUACCUUUUGAGUCAUUAAGAAUGCAAGAAUUGUCUUAGAUUCUGGUUAGUAUAUUAGACACUUUUGUAUAUGAAACCAUCUCAAAUAAAGAUAUUAUUAGAGUCGUCUAGACUAUAAGAACUGUCUUAGAUGUUAGUGGCUAUACUAGAUACUUCUAAAUAUAAACCGUUUUAUAUGAUAUUUUUUUGUAAAACGUACUAUGAAAAAAUGUAGUAAAUAAUGAAUUCGGCUAGUAUACUUUCUUAAAACUGCAAUCCCUAUGGGCUUUGUAAGACCCCUGGUGUUUACCUCCCGUUAAACUGUGCUUAUGGACUUAAGCACAGAAUAUCGACAAUAAUAACGGUCUCUAGGUUCUAAUAUUCACCUAUCAAAAAUUUUGAUAUCUUUUUCGUCUCUGUCUAUCCGGCCUGUUCUAACUGCUCACGAGGUCUGAACAAAUUUGUUCGGGAGAUUGGUGAAUCUGGUGAUUAUUUAAAAUCCAUCAAUUGUGCAAAUACGAAUUUAGAAACUUAGUCUAGUCCUCCGAUUUUGUCCCAAACAAAUUUAUUAGAAUUCGAGAGAUCGUGCACAAGGUUUAUAAUUGCAUUGUUUGUCCAGCAGAGUAAUCAAACGUUCGAAGCGAGAAUAAAAAUAUGUUUUUAUGACUCGUGCCGGUCUAAUUCAGUCUGGCAUGUGACUGAUUAAAAAUUCGAAUUAUUCAAAUUCUUGUGAUUUAAAAUCUAAUCAAAUUAAGCCCUGAUAUUACGAUCAAGAUUGUUGUUUUAGAAAUGCAAACCGUGGAGGAGAAGAAUGUGUAUUAAUUAAAUAGAAAAUAAAUGUGGAAAUAUCUGUUAUCCUUAUCCUCCCAUUAUAUUCUGUUCUUUUAUUUCCAGCCGUACUCCCUUCCUCGUGAUAAGAAAUCUCUGGAAAAGUCCUGUUAAGAGAUCUCUGGAAAUCUCACACCUGCUGCCCCUCCCAAAUUCCCUUCUCCCUCACGUCUCUUUCUCUCCCCAAGCCGCCUCCUCCCUGCCGUUCCGUGGAGCACCAGGCCAGUGCCGUUCCGAUGGUCAUUCCAAGCCAGUGCCGUUCUCCUUUGGCUGUCCCUGCUCCAGCCGUGAGCUCACCCAGGCCACGGCCUCGUCGAACCGCACAGCCCCUGCGCUCCUUCCCCAGCCGCGCUUAGCCCAGCCCUCCCUGCUCGAUCUCCUUCGAGCCGUAACGGCUCCCUGGCGUGUCCGGCUCCCUGCCCCUCUCCAUGGCGUCGCCCAGCUCUAGCUCGCCCCCCCUCUGAUCUGUGCGCAGGGGUUUCUUCCAUGGCGAGCUCCCCUGCAAACUUCAUCUAGCCGCCGACCGAGUUUCCUUGGUGGUCGCUUACCCCCAGCAUCGGCCAGAGCUUGCUGUCAUUCCCCAACAAACAUGUGGUUGUAGGUGAGAGAUUUCAGAAGUCUGUUGGAUGAAGAAAAGAGAAGUGAAAUUUGUGCAGCGCCCGUCAGGUGUUAGGUUUAAUAGAUAUUGUGUCUACCGUGUGAGGGAAUCGCGCCAGCUUCCUUUGGGUUUGGGACUGGGAGCUCCAUCGCUCUAUGCGGCGGUGCUCGCCCGUGUCUCAGCUGCCUUCAAUGGCCCCCUUGCCCGCGCAGUCGUCUUUGGGGUCCAUAUUGAUGGUCACUUGGUCGUGGAAGGGCUUCUUAUUGCAGUCAUAGUGUUCCAGCUCUCCAGGAAGAGCUACAAACCACCAAAGAAGCCACUCACUGAAAAGGAGAUUGAUGAGCUAUGUGAUGAGUGGGAGCCAGAGCUGCUAUGCCCUCCAAUCAAGGAGGGGGCCAAAAUAGAUGCUCCAACAUUGGAAAGUGCCGUUGGACCACAUACGAUUGUUGAUUGUUGAUGGUAAAGAAGUUGUGAACUUUGCAUCAGCAUGAGGUCUGGAGUCUAGACACAGCGUUGCAAACUGAGGUUUAAUCAUCUUAGCAACUACGGUAUGUGACCCUGAGCGCGUGAUUGUUGCGAAACAACGACCACCUCGGUCUACACCUUAAAGGUUUGCGUGACAUGGCUUUUCAUAGUGCUCAAUUGGAUCCAUCCCCUGAGCAUAGGAGAAAAGUAUCAAUUUGUACAGUGGAUCCAAGUAUUCUAUAAAGCAUGCAUCCUCCAAUUUCCCACAAGCGAGAAUGGCAUGAUAUGAUGGAUGAAAUGGCUGUUGCGGUCAAAUGUCUUUCAAGGAUCAAUUGUCUUUCAAGAACCACACUUAUGUAUUGGUUUGUGUGCAGUUCAAGCUCUGCAAGGUAAGGUCUGUUCAGUUUGGCCAGAAAGUCAUCCCCUACCUGAACACCUACGACGACCGCACCAUCCGACUCCGACCCUCUCAUCAAGGCCAACGACACCAUCAAGAUCGAUCUGGAGACCAACAAGAUCAUGGACUUCAUCAAGUUGUAUUUGCCAUUUCAUAGACUUCAUCAAGUUAUAUACUUAGUUAGGCUCAAUGUUAACACAAACAGUUGAUGAGCAAGUUUAAAUUUAGAGUACACUUAUGUAUGAGUUAUUUGACAAUACUUAUUUAUGAGAUAUUGAAUAUUAUUUAUCUAUAUUA